AUGCUCACGGCGGCUUUUUUUCUAUGUGCGAUUGGACUAGUCUCGGCAGUUGAUCCAGUUGAUACGGUAUGCUAUCGAUAAAUUAUUCACUUGAUAUUAUAUAAAUAGACACAAAAAACUAUUUUAAAAAUACAUUUCUGAUCAAAGGAGCAGCCUCUUGUUCGGUUGAAACCAACUGCAAAAAGAAAUCGCGUUCUCUUUCUAGGUUUCGUCGCGCUCCUUUGAAAAUAUCUUUGAGCUUAGAAAAAGGAUCCACCCUGAUCAUUCAAAGUUUUCGUGAUAAGAAAACGCUGGAUCGAGUAUAUAUCUUUAAAAUUCAAGUUUAGUCUUAUUGGUGAAGUUUUUUGUGCCAACAAUGUGUUAAUUUCUUUUAUGUACGAUCUUUUCACUGUGAGAAGUUCUUGAGAAAACCAGAAUGAUCAGAAAAAUUUGUUGGUUGCAUUAUUACUAUUUCUACAACAGUUUCUUCUUACAUGUAAGAAUUUCUCUGGGGGUAAAAGACCUGCUUUGUUAUAGUUGACAAGGCUCGUUUUCAGGUUGCUAACCAAGGAGCGGAAAUUUUCUCAGCUUCUCAUUUGACCGGCCAAACUGUUAGGAGAUGUUCUUGUGCGGAGCAACGAGUCUGUGUCGAAGAAAUGAAGGCGCAGGCCAAGGAUUGCACAGUUCCUUGCUUCAAGAAGUUCGACAAGGUUCCUUUAUUUUUCUUUUGAACUUUCCAUUGACGAAUUAUUGAUCCAGAUCACGGACAGACCGCAUGAACUGAAAAAGUGCUUUGACGAGAAGGAAAACAUUUUGGAGAACUUCCUUACCUGUUUCGAGAAUCGCGUCGAGGGGUACUUUUUUUCUCAAGUUCAAAAAAUUAAAUAAAAAAUUUAGUUGUUUUUUUUGGCAGAAUGGCAAUUAUUCGAGUUGAGUAGUUUGUAAAAUUGUUGAAACUUCUUAAAACAUGCAGAACGAUUGAGAAAGAAAAUUUAGUGAGUCCAAUAGUGAAAACCAUUUUUUUUAAAAAAAACUCUGAGAAUUAUUUUGAGAGCUUCAAGGCUUGUUCACAAAUUUUUGUUUGCAAGUUGGAUAGUUUCCUGAAGUCUCCAUUUUUUCGCGCCUCCAUUUUUAUCUUGUCUUUAAGACAAUAGGUACCAAAACAUUUUCCCAAAAUUUUUGCUAUUUCUCGGAUUUCUCAUCCACUGGCCUAAAAAUGGCCUAAAGGAGGGCUAUUAACUGAUUUAAAAUAAAGUUUUCAGUUGUGUGGAACACGACCACGGCGACCAAAUCGCAAAGACAGACAUCGCUGCGAUCUUCAAGUUCAGCGAGAAAAAGAUCGUUUCACAGACGGCCACGCUACAAUCCAUUGUAGCCCCGAUUAAGCACAUUCUCGACGCGACCGGCGAGUUCGCCCUUUGUGUCAAGGUACUCACAAUUCAACUCUUCUUCGAAUUUUUCAAAAUGACAAUUUUCAAGGACUGCUUUCUGGCGAAAAACAAGAAAGGAUUCUGCUUCGAUCGUAAUGGGUAAGUAUAUUUCUUCUCUUUCUUCACCGAAAUAUGUUAAAAAUAACUAGUUUUUGAAAUAUUUAUAAUUUUCCUGAAAGUCGAUGUGAGACCGAGGUAGUCACAAAAAUUUAUUUCGAUUGGAGUAUUAUGGUACUUCGGUAAUGUUAAUGUUCCGGAAAUCAGCCGAGCUCUAAGCUACGAUUAUGGUUAUGCUCAGGUUUUUUCGACUUGAAAUAAGUUGUUACGUGCAGAAAUUUUCUGAAUCUAAAUGAAACUUCGGCAAAUCAAAUUGAAUAUCUGAUUCAAAGUCAAAUUACGGCCCCAAAAUGGUAUGAUAUUCAGCUCUACUAUAUGUGGUUGAAGCAUGCUCCUUCUGAUUGAAUCGUUUAUUUCCGACAUAAUAAGCUUCUGGCCUCAAAAGUAAGCCAAGAGAGAGAUUUUUUUUAAAACCAAAAUUUGCACUCAAACUUGAAAACGUAAAGAAAGUUUAUGGGCUGAAUAGUUAUUUUUUCCAAGAAAAAAAAAGAAGGAAAAAAUUUCAUCUCCUUCUCGGUAAAAAGUUUCUCGCAGCGAUAUUCAACGCGAAACAAAUAGAUUUGGAAGAAAGCACUAGUUUUUGCAUUUCUUUCAGAACGUUGAGAAAUAAUUUCAGUUGCCAGCCUUUGGUGGCCGAAGCGAAGGCGAAGACCUCUUUCCGACAAUGCACCCGCAAGCUGCACUGGAAGCGAGAAGCUGGUGAGCUCUGCGAGUGCUCCGUCCACGCCGGCGUCGAGUCAGUUUCCUUCUCCUUCUCCGAAAAUAGAGACAAUUGCCUUCCCACCGCUUUUUUUGUUUAUCAAGAUAAUUUCUGUUAGGCGAACAUCACAAAACAUGAUGACAAACUCGAGAAACCUGCUUUUUGUGUUUUCAGCGUAUCGAAAGCAACCAAAGAAAACAACAAACAGAUUUUUUUUUGUUUUGUAUAAAAGAAACAAAAAACUAGAUUUCACCCAUAAUCAAAACCUCAUCCACAACGUGUCAAACUCAAAAAAGAAGAAGAGCUUUUCGGCUCUGAGGUAAUUUUAACUUUCGGUUGUUCAUCUCAAGUUUUUUCCAUCCGAUAAUGAGAAAUAUUUUCAGGGAGCUGAAACAAUACUGCACAAUGUUCAAACUGAUGGGCCAGCGAGCUCCGUCAAGAAAAGAAUGAAAAAUUCCGAACUUGCAAUCUUGCAAUCUUUAAAAAAACGAGUAGACCGUCUUAUUUUGUUCUUUUUUCUCAUUUCCAGCAAUUCUUGCUAACAAUUCAAUCUGUUCUGUAUAUAGUUUGUAACCAUAAACAUUUUAUCGCUUACCACUGGAACUCCGAAACCUCCUUGAAACUUUAUGGGAGUCUUGUUGAUUCACUACAGCCUUGAAGGAACUUGCAAGAGUGAUAACGACGCAUUUGAAUAUUGGUUAUUUUGUCGUUUUAGCGCACCUUUUCGCCCAUUUGGCGGUUUUACCGAUUUUAAUCUAUUUCAAGGACUAAAAAAAGUCCCAACUCUUCUUGAAAUGGAGAGGUAAAAAAACCAAAACAAAACCACAGAAAGAUAGAGAGGCAGACUGUGGUGUGAAGUAAGACCGGUUGGACAGAAAACAGAAGACGUGCGGGGCGUGCGACGUCUCCUUCUCGACGACGAUGUGUGUUCAGAAGAAUAAGAGGGGGCACCCAAAGUAUCGAUCUAAUCAUAUCACAACUAUCAUCACCUCAAAGCACUAACGACACACGCUGCGUUGGUCGAAACAGUCUGAUUCUCUUGUAGUUUCGAGCCUUUCAUAUUUGUUCCAACUGACUCUGAGCCCUUGCUCGUUGCCUUGAAAAUCAUGCAGAAAGAGGAGCUGACCCUGCUGCCGGACGGUCGCUUCGAGCACAAGCUCCAGGUCGACCGGCGAAGACUCGAGACCAUGAUAAUAGGACAUCCGCCGCCUGGAGCCUCUUUUGCCUUGCCCAGUGCCGAUGAGUUCUUCACUCAGGUAUGACCUUAGAUCCUAAUUGAGAUUUAUUGAUCUACUUUAUACAUCAUUUAUUUCACCUUUGAAAUGAAAUGAGAUUCGCUCACAGACAGAAUUCUGUAGCGUGGAGGAAGAGAACCAGGAAAGUUAAAUUUUCAUUUACCGCAAUAAAUCUCCACUUUAAUUUACGAAUAUUUUAGGUCGAAUCGAAUAAAUUAAAACAAAAGUAGUCUAUAAUUUAUACUAUAAAUGAGUUUAAUCAUUAUGUGAUAUUUGCAGCUUUUUUUAUCAAAUGCCGUUUUUUUAAAUAACUCUCAAAUACUCUUUGGUCAUCCUCGAAAGCCAUAACCCUAUUUGAGUCGUUCCAGUAUUUAUAGUCUAUUUUUCGCGACUUGAAAAGGCCGAAUUUCUCUACGCCCUCCUCCUCUCUCGGCGACCCUCUCUUGUUGAUGCGCUGUUUUCACGUUUCUCUGACCUCGCCGGUGAGGAAGCAAAGAGACGCAGACAGUCGAAAAAUGUCAGUUCGUGGCGGACGGACUGCAUAUGUGUAUAAUUUUUGCAUUAAAUCAAAUAGUUCAUCGCUGAAACUUUUCCUCCCUUUUAUCGCAUCUGGAUGGCUUGUUCCUUCAAAUCUCACACACUGCAGGAACUAAUUUUUUCCAUUCAGAUUUUUUGAAUUCAAGUAUUGCGGUAUUUUGAAUAAGAAGAAGCGAAAACUUGCUCAGUGAAGUCUUCAGGUGAUGUCCUUUUCAAGUGCCGAGGUCUACUGGCCUUCGCAACUCAAAAUAGGAGCCAAAACCAAAAAAGGUUUGUUCUAUAUUUUCUAUGAAAAUUUAAUCAUUUUCAAUUUCGAUCUGAUCGUUUUUUUCCAAAUGAAAACCCGAAAGACAGAUAUAUUAUACAGAUCCGUACGUGAAGUUGGUGGGAUCAGUGGCUCAAAUAGAACGAGCUCGGAGUUUGAUCUGCGCCUCAUUGCAAGUCAAGGUAGCUCUUCCUACUUUAUAGUUUUUAGUAGGAAAUCGAAUUCAUAUAGUAAAUCCAUCCCGAUUUAAAAGAAUGCGGAGCGUGCGCGGGACGCGUAGCGUGUGCGCACGCGGUUCUUGGCACGAGUUCAAUUCAACCGCCACAGAUUUUUUUAAAAGCUGGGUCACCACUCGUCUUUCAUCUAUUCUACUGUUUUCAAUGCUGAAAAAGAUCAAAAAGAAUUUUAAAAAAAUUGAAAAGAGCGAUGAAAAAGCUCUGUAAAAAGUGGCUGGUGAUAGAAUUGGACUUGUGCCAAGAACCGCGAACGCGCACGCUACGCGUCCUGCGCCCACUUCCCCACCUCCCUCGCCUCUCGAGUCGGGAAAAAUUGAAGAAUUUUCCGAAAAAUUUACUUGGCAGAAAGAGAGGCUGACACUGAAGCUGGAGUUGCACCACUCGCUGCACUCGCACAUAAUCGGGAAAGGCGGUCUUGCGAUUCAGCACGUCAUGCGACUUACGGCCUGUCACAUCCAUUUCCCCGACUCGAACAAAUACUCGUGAGUUUUUAUUCGAGAUACUUCGAAAAUUUACUAAUUCAAGAGACUCGGCAAAAAGCGACCAAGUUUCAAUCUCAGGAACUUCGACACAAGUUCCUAUCGCCCGAAGGCACAUACGCGUACGUUUCUCUUCUUUUAACAGACUGGUCGUUGGUCACUCGAUCCGACGACUGAGACGCUGCAAAAAGGAAGUGAUAAGACGGCAGUUCUCUCGAUCGAUGAGUUCGAGAUCUUCAUUUUUUUUCGGUAGCUUUGUUACCAAAAAAAGGAUUUUGCACAAAAAGGUCAAGAAAAAAUUUCCGUCAAAUUUUUUACAAGUUUAAAUGCUCCGGCCGCAUGUUGAAUGGCUCGUCUUUUUUGCGAAGCCGCUGGUUUCAUAGUUUUCAGUGUGGCUACCUGCAAAUCGUUCCGUGCUCUCUCGGAUAUUUCUAUUUCGUACAUUACGUGUUGAGCCAUCCCCUGUGCAACCAAUGUUUUAGAUCGUGAGGAAACAAAAAUAAAAAGGAUUACUUGGAGUUUUGAUAGAGAGGAUAAAAUAGAAAUCAUCCAGAAUUGAAUAAAUUCAGUUUUGCCAUAUCCCGGUGUGAGGGGCUUGAGCUUUACGAUUAGAUUCCUGUCUAAGUGGUUUAAACUUCUUUUUUUUUUACCACCCUCCAGCUUCAGGCAGUGUCGCCGAUCUCGUUGUCUUUCGAAACACAAAGUCUCCACCCAACAGUUCCAUUGGAACCUCUGAAGCCGUUGCCACAAGCCAACGUCUCGAUUCAUCCGCUUGUCGGUGGACGAUUUUCGGUGGCUCUUCGUAUGAAUGCCGGGGAGGACGCAGCCAUUCUCUACACUUUGCGAGCGAUACUCGACCAUUUGCAGUCGGUUGGGAACAUCGCGGCUCUGGAAAUAGCCAAGAGAGAUUUACAGCCAGACUUCAUGCUCCAAGUCUGCGUAGCCAUACCAGCUCGCGAAGAAACUCUCUCGCAGCUCGAAAACGGAGCUAACCACACGACGUAAAGCAUAGCACUACUACCAAGUCAACACGUGUACUAAUCCCUUGUAUUUCAGGCUACUGGAGAUGUGCCAGCAUUUCGGUGUAACAGUCCACGUUUUACAUGAAAGCCAGCAGGUUCAGCUCUGCGGACCAGCCCCAGGAGUUCUGCAGAUUCGGCGCUUUAUCAUUGCGAGUUAUGAAGAAUAGCCUAUCAUCCAACUCUUUCAGGGACUUUUCCCAAUCGUUGUAUCGUUCGAUGUCGUCGCUUCUGAAGUCCAACAUUCCGCGUCACGAGUAGAGAAGGAUUUCAAUGUAUCCAUCACCACAAAGCGAAAAAAUCAUGCGUCAAACUUGCUGGUUUUUUUUUCUAUAGUCUUUUUUUCUCAUUUACUUUCUCAAAUGUUCAUUUAAAGAUUUCUCAUCCGGAGUCUUUCAGGCAAUUUCAAUGAAAUCAACAGAGAACCGGCUGGCCGACAUCCUCCGAGCCAGAGAAACGCUUAUGGCCCUUCCGCCUUCCGAAUACCCGUCGGACGAGUACACAGGACUUGAAAAUGGGUUUCGACCGGAGAUGUCGUCGAUGCCAGAUCUAACGAAGCCGCUGUUUGCCUCUCUCUUCGAGCCUUCAACUCCUCAGGCUCAUCUUCCGUCUCCAAAAAGUCCAGAUCCAGAAAAUUCGCCCCUGGCUGCAUCAAUUUUGAAAGGGGCCAAAGAGAUCAGCAGGAACAGGUCUGAAUAACUCGAAUACCAAUUAAUGAGUAUCAGAAAAACUGUUUGUAGUGAAUUAUGGAAGAAACCACGAGGCGACCGAGGAGAAAUGCUUAUGAAAGCGACGCAAGGUAAAAACAUGUUUCGGGAAUACUACUAUAACUAAUUUAACAGCCAUAUUCGAUGAAAACCCAAGCUGCAAGUCUUCGCCCAGGUAUCCAACCGACCUUUGGUCAGGCUAUGGUUUCAGCUGUUCUCUACCAGCCGACUUGCUUAAAGUUCUCGAAAUCUCAACGAUUUUCUUGUCAUUUCACUGAACUCAGGGUAUGAUCGAUUUGUCUACCGGAGAUGAGCCAUCGGAUGGAAGACUUUUAGUUGGAAGAGAUGCCAAAACGGUUUUUUUAUUAUUUUUUCAAAACUCAGAAGCUCAAGUUUUAAAGCCUCCUUUGCCUCGCGGAUUGUGCGCUUUGCGCGAAGAAGACGAACUUUCCGACUUUUCUGGGUCCUUUAGUAGUACUUCGUUCCAGUCCGCUCCACACGCCUAUGAGAAGAAACCAAGGACAAGUGAGCUUUUUUUUUUCGAGAAAAUCGAAUCUAUAUAAAGCCCGAAUCACGAUCACCUUCUUCAUUGUUUUUUCUUAUGUUUUAUUUAUUAUACUUUCAGGCUUUUCCGCGUCCACAUCAGUGUUCGAUUCUUCGCCAUUAGGAAUCGGCACAGAAAAUAACUGGGAUAUCAGAUUUUUCACAGAUCCCUCCAUGGUUUUGGCGCAACUUGCGUGCAGUGAGUACAUGACUCAGCUCAGGGAACAAGAGGUGAUUUUAAAAAGAAAACACACACACACAUACACAAAAAUUAAAUUUUAUUAAAAAAAAAUUAAAAUAAUAUGUUUUAGAUUGACAUGCAUGCGUUUUUGCUUCUGGACGAACAAAAUUUGAAAGACAUCGGGGUUUCAACAAUUGGAGCAAGAAAAAAAAUUCACCAUGCGAUUUUGAGCGAGUUAUGGCUUUCUUAACAACUAUAAUUUUUGUUUUUCAGAAUUACGAGAGUCAGCAAGACAUCAUGGAUACGUACUAUGA